AUGGAGGUACAAGACUUUUUCUAUGUUUGGUUAGAGGGACAAGCUGGUCGGGACGCUCAGGAAGUUUCAUCUUGUUUACGUAAACAUAUUAUGGCUAAUGUUGACAAGGAUGUUACCAAUUUGACACUAUGGAGUGAUUUAUGUGGUGGCCAGAAUAGAAAUAUCAAGAUAGUUCUUCCUGAAAAGUGUGUUGGAAGUCAAACAUAG